GCGGUCGGCACGGCUCGGCUUGUGAAGCUGCAGAUGGUGGCCGCCAGUUGUGAAGUGGUCCGACAGCUGCGUGAGCAGCACCUUCCACUCAACGAGAGUAAGUCGGUCUUCCUGACCUCGUCGCCGCAGCUCGCCAAGGAGCUCUCCGAGGCUUGGGCGGAGCAUGGCUUUACCUUCAAGAGGGGACUUCAGGCGAGGAACCUCGGCACCGACGCCAACAUCACUCGUCGUGGAGUUCAUGAAGGAGCUGUGCGUGCGGUCAGCGGCCUUCGCCGAGGACGCAGGCUAGGGGUGCUUCGCUCAGCUGGCGCGACUACCGAGAUGGUCCAUCGUGCUGGGCCCACCGCGGCGAUGCUGUGGGGGCGCACUGUGACUGGUGUACCUGAUAAGGAGCUGCAUUCGUGGCGCUUGGCGGCGGUACGCUCAGCUGGGAAGCUCCCCAAGGGCGCCUCGCUCGGGUUGAGGCUCAGAGUGGUGGAGGUCAUGAGGUCCACUGAUCUCGACCCGAGCCCCGCGCUGCUUCGUGCCGCGGUGCAGAUGGCGGCCAGUCUCCUCCAGUCGGGGGAGGUCCCGCUGCGCAUGUUCGAGUCGGCCGUGCAGGAGGCAGUGCAGAGGCACGCGGGAGCAGCAGCCCCUUGGGUGCACUGCCGCACGCCGGUGGAUGCCCUGGCCCUCUCGCUCUCCAGGGUGGGCUGGAGGCUUGUUCAAGGGGCCCGCCUCGCGACCGACGACGGCCAUCUCCUGGACCUGCGCAUGUUGGGGCCGCGCGAGCUGGGCCUGCUGGCUGCGGCAGGGGCACGGCGCGCGUCGGACAAGUCGGAGCUGGCCCGCCUCAGCCACGGGGCGCUCCCCCAGUCGCCCCUGUUCUGGGAGGCCUUCGCGGAGGUCCUCGGGCCUGGCAGCAAGCUCAGCCACAGGGAGAAAGCGGCGGUGGUGAGCUUCCUUUCCAACGCCCACUGGCCCCAGACCCGCUAUUCGAGUGUCCUGUCCUUGCGGGGGCCAGGCGUGACUCUACCUCUGACCGCCUUCGGCGCUGUGCGCAUCGUGCACGCGGUCGUGGAGAGGAGGUCAGACGCCAUGUCAGUCAUGUGGUGCAAUCGCCCCGCCGACGGUCUUCUCGGGGGGCGGCUCUACCUGGAUGGGUCGGCGCUCGACCCUGAGCACGAGAGCCUGCGGCGUGCGGGAUGGAGCAUCGUGCAGUGCGACUCAGACGGCAACAUGGAGUGCGCGGUGUACGGCAGCGUGCGCCAGGACCUCUGCCCGUUCCAGACGGCGAAGGACGGCGAGGAUUUCGCGGUCUGGAUGCUGUCUCGCUUUCUGGGCCCGAGCGUUGACGAGAUCCUCAUCGAUUGUGCGUCCACGGUCAGCUGCCUCACGUUGGGUAAGAAGUACGCGACGGCAGCCAGCAAGCCCAACGCCCACCUCUGGGAGGGGAUCUACGCGUCGCUAGACGUGGACACGCUCAAGGUCACCAAGGUCGCAGCCCACUGCACCGCCAGAGACGUGAUGGAUGGCAAGAUCACGGAGGCGGACCUCCGUGGCAACGGACAUGCAGACCGCUGGGCCAAGGCGGGGGCUGAGCUCCACCGUGCCAGCCCAGUGGCCAGGCGCGAGUUCUUUGGCACGAUGGAGGUGGUGAGGGAGCUCUCUUGCUGGGUGGCGCAGGCCUCCCUCAUCUGGCAGGGGAUCGAGGUCAAGGACUGCGAGGGCCUCCCUGAGGGCAGCGAGCGGGCGGCCGUAUCCUUCGCAGAGCCGGUGGUGGAGCCCGCCAGCAGCCGCCCGCCCGACUCGGGUUCGGGCGACGGGUGGGCAUCGGCGGCGCGCGCUGGUGGCGUCUCCCUCGGGGCGGCGGCCUUCGUCGUCGCCGGCCACGUCCUGGCCUACGCCAAGUGCGGGGAGGGAGCCGCCGAGCAGGAGCUGAUGGCGUGCACCCACUGCGGGGCGUACGCGCGGCUGGGCGGGCGCUCAGGUGCGGCGCCCAAGCUCAAGGAGCAGUGCCCAGGGUCGGCUGGGCUUCCCAAGGGCAGGAGGGGCCAGAGGGCGCGCUGGCUGCAGGGGCGGCACCCUGCUGGCACGCCCCACAGCGGCAGCAAGAGGGUCGGAGCGUCCGUGCCCAGCUUGCGCAAGGAGGACGUGGUGCCGAUGGCCGCCAGAGUGCGCUUCCUGGAGUGGCUGGGCGUCCGCCCCGAUGAUGCACCUUGCGGCGUGGCCGCCGACGCCGGCCGAGGGCCCCCCAGCGGCGCGGCGGCAGCGGGUGAGGCGGAGGCUGAGCCUUUGGCGCCUGACUCCUCGGGGGCCUCGAGGGAGGCUUGGCUGAGCGCCUACGGGCUCGACGAAGCGAGCCUCCUCGAGUGGUCAGCCGCAGCAGAGACGGCGCGCGAAGACAG